AGAAAGUUCACAUUUAAGGACUUUAACUUGUGAUUUAAUGAAUGUUGCUGAUAUUUAGUAGCUAAAGCCCAUUCUGUGAACGACUCUUUAGACUUCAUUUUUCUUGGCAUCACGUUAGAAAGAAAGAUGCUAGCUUACGUUUCUCAUGUGUUGAAACUAUUUCUUUGGAUUGAGUUGUUCUUGCUGGUUGAUUGUGAAGGCCUAUAUCUAGAUUCUGCCAUGGAUGCUCUAUGUAUACAAACAGCCAAUGUGUCCAGUUUUUUGUCGUGCAGUUUUGACAGAUCUCAAUGUGAUUUUACAAGUCACAGCAGAAAUACUUCACUGUCAUGGGUGAGAGGAAACAGAACAUCCGGUGGACCUUUAAAGUUUGACUGGCAACCAUCAACCAAUAAAACACAUGGUUCGUACAUGUAUCUGGACGUCACUGACCCCGAGAUCUCCCUCAACACGGUUGCACUUGUAAGUGUUUCAGUGGCUACUUCUGUGACAGCAGUCUGUAUUGAGUUCCACUAUGCUACCACUGGCACUCAUGGACAGGAUAUCAGAGUUUACGGUCAAACUGACCCAGGCUACGGUUCCAGGCAAACAGAUGUGCUUAUUGGAGAAAUAAUUAAUGUCACUACUGGCCAUCAGUGGUACACUGCAAAGAUGUUUGCUUGUAUCAAAGAUAAAAAGUUUAUAACAUUGGAAAGUCCUAAGAAUUCAGUCAACAGUACUGUCGCUUUAGAUUAUAUCCGAGUCAUGUCAUCCAAUACAACGUGUGAUAAUAAUUUCGAUCAAGAGAGACACAAAGGCACAUACUCGUCUACCCAGCCAGAUCUCAAGACGUAUCACACACAAGAGCUACCAAUAAAAAUAAAGAACUUGUGGCAUAUAGUCAAAGCAGUUCAACCUCAACGAGGUAGAUCUGAAACAAUGGGGACAACUGUCAAAAUAGCAACUAGUAAUAAAACAUUGACCAGUGGAACAUCUAGUAAAGCAACCAUUUCAAGAACAACAGCAACAACAUCAAUAGAAGCUAGCAUGGAUACAGCAUUAACAACAUCAGCAAUAGAAACUAGCACAGAUACAGUAUUGACAAAAACAGCAGUAGAAGCUAGCAAGGAUACAGCUGGACCAAUAACACCAAAAUCAGCGAAGAAAAGAGCAAAACGAGAAGGAAAUCACCAAACGACCCGAAGAACAACAUCCUCAAGUACAACGAAACAUUCAACACUAAGAACAACGAAACAUUCAAAGCUUAGAAUAUUUAGCCACUCAACAACAAAAUCAACAAUUAACACCUCAGCAACAAAAUCAACAAUAAGGCCUUCAACAACAAAAUCAACAAUAAGGCCUUCAACAACAAAAUCAACAAUUAAGCCCUCAACAACAAAAGCAACUAUAAGGCCUUUAACAACAAAAGCAACAAUAAGGCCUUCAACAACAAAAUCAACAAUUAGCCCCUCAACAACAAAAUCAACAAUUAGCACCUCAACAACCAAAUUAACAAUAAGGCCUUCAACAACAAAAUCAACAAUUAGCCUCUCAACAACAAAAGGAACUAUAAGGCCUUCAACAACAAAAUCAACAAUUAAGCUAUCAACAACAAAAGCAACAAUUAAGCUCUCAACAACAAAAUCAACAGUUAGCCCCUCAACAACAAAAUCAACAAUUAAGCUCUCAACAACAAAAGCAACAAUAAGGCCUUCAACAACAAAAUCAACAGUUAGCCCCUCAACAACAAAAUUAUUAAUUAGCACCUCAACAACAAAAUCAACAAUUAAGCCCUCAACAACAAAAGCAACAAUAAGGCCUUCAACAACAAAAUCAACAAUUAGCCCCUCAACAACAAAAUCAACAAUUAGCACCUCAACAACAAAAUCAACAAUUAGGCCUUCAACAACAAAAUCAACAAUUAAGCCCUCAACAACAAAAGCAACUAUAAGGCCUUCAACAACAAAAUCAACAAUUAGCCCCUCAAUAACAAAAUCAACAAUUAGGCCUUCAACAACAAAAUCAACAAUUAAGCCCUCAACAACAAAAUCAACAAUAAGGCCUUCAACAACAAAAUCAACAAUUAGCCCCUCAACAACAAAAUCAACAAUUAGCACCUCAACAACAAAAUCAACAAUAAGGCCUUCAACAACAAAAUCAACAAUUAAGCUCUCAACAACAAAAUCAAUAAUAAGGCCUUCAACAACAAAAUCAACAAUUAAGCUCUCAACAACAAAAUCAACAAUAAGGCCUUCAACAACAAAAUCAACAAUUAGCCCCUCAACAACAAAAUCAACAAUUAGGCCUUCAACAACAAAAUCAACAAUUAGCCCCUCAACAACAAAAUCAACAAUUAGCCCCUCAAUAACCAAAUCAACAAUUAGGCCUUCAACAACAAAAUCAACAAUUAAGCCCUCAACAACAAAAUCAACAAUAAGGCCUUCAACAAACAAAUCAACAAUUAGCCCCUCAACAACAAAAUCAACAAUUAGCACCUCAACAACAAAAUCAACAAUAAGGCCUUCAACAACAAAAUCAACAAUUAAGCUCUCAACAACAAAAUCAACAAUAAGGCCUUCAACAACAAAAUCAACAAUUAGCCCCUCAACAACAAAAUCAACAAUUAGCACCUCAACAACAAAAUCAACAAUUAGGCCUUCAACAACAAAAUCAACAAUUAAGCCCUCAACAACAAAAGCAACUAUAAGGCCUUUAACAACAAAAUCAACAAUUAGCCCCUCAAUAACAAAAUCAACAAUUAGGCCUUCAACAACAAAAUCAACAAUUAGGCCUUCAACAACAAAAUCAACAAUUAAGCCCUCAACAACAAAAGCGACUAUAAGGCCUUUAACAACAAAAUCAACAAUUAGCCCCUCAAUAACAAAAUCAACAAUUAGGCCUUCAACAACAAAAUCAACAAUUAGCCCCUCAACAACAAAAUCAACAAUUAGCCCCUCAAUAACAAAAUCAACAAUUAGGCCUUCAACAACAAAAUCAACAAUUAAGCCCUCAACAACAAAAUCAACAAUAAGGCCUUCAACAAAAAAAUCAACAAUUAAGCUCUCAACAACAAAAUCAACAAUAAGGCCUUCAACAACAAAAUCAACAAUUAGCCCCUCAAUAACAAAAUCAACAAUAAGGCCUUCAACAACAAAAUCAACAAUUAAGCUCUCAACAACAAAAUCAACAAUAAGGCCUUCAACAACAAAAGCAACAAUUAGCACCUCAACAACAAAAUCAACAAUUAGGCCUUCAACAACAAAAUCAACAAUUAAGCCCUCAACAACAAAAGCAACUAUAAGGCCUUCAACAACAAAAUCAACAAUUAGCCCCUCAAUAACAAAAUCAACAAUAAGGCCUUCAACAACAAAAUCAACAAUUAAGCUCUCAACAACAAAAUCAACAAUAAGGCCUUCAACAACAAAAGCAACAAUUAGCACCUCAACAACAAAAUCAACAAUUAGCACCUCAACAACAAAAUCAACAAUAAGGCCUUCAACAACAAAAUCAACAAUUAGCACCUCAACAACAAAAUCAACAAUAAGGCCUUCAACAACAAAAUCAACAAUUAGCACCUCAACAACAAAAUCAACAAUAAGGCCUUCAACAACAAAAUCAACAACCAAAACAACAAAUAGCCCAUCAACAACCAAAUCAACAACCAAAACAACACAUAGCCCAUCAACAACCAAAUCAACAACAAAAACAACCAUUAUGCCCUCAACAACAAAGACAACAAUUAAGCCCUCAACAGCAAAAACAACAAAAACAACACUUAGGCCCUCAACCACGAAAUCAACAGCAAAAAUAACGGUGAGCUCCUCAACAACAAAAACAACAAUUAUACCCUCAACAAUAAAAUUAAUUAGCCAAUCAACAGCCAAAACAACAAUGAUACCACCACCAACAAAAACAUCAGUUAAGUUAACGACUACAAACACAACAAUUUUACCUCCAAUGCAAAAAACGACAAGGGGACUCACAGCCCCCAAAACAACAACAAUCACUACAAAAACAACGAUUCCUUUCGCAUCAAAAACAACGGCAACGAGAACAAGCAUACUUCCAACAAUAAAGGAAACAGCGAAGACAGCAAUCAAUCAUCGCACAACAUUCAAACCAACAAUGGCCAAACCAGUUACAGAAAUAACAUCUCAAAGUUUGCCAGAGUCCACUGUAUCAGCAAACGACAUUACAACAUUGCACUUGAGAAUCACCAAGCAAACUGCAACAUCCAGACCAACAAUUGAACAAGAAACAAACAGAUAUAUUGCUACAACUAAAACGUCAACAUUCUCUAGGCAUGGAACAGACUCAACAGCGCCAAACUACACAAUGUACUCAAAAUCAGUUACCAAUGACACCUUGCUAACUGCUACUUCGAGAACAUCGAAAGUAAUUCCGACAGAUUCCGCCGCCAAGAUUCACUCUACCAACAACAGCAGUGGGAAAACUUCCUCUAUUCUAAUUCCAGUCUUUAGUACCAUCGGUGGUGUCUUACUUUGUGUGGGCUUGCUGGUAUUCUGUUUGCGACGCCAUAGAUCACCUUCACAUUUCAAGCUAAUGUAUAUUACUGAUGACGCUUUGGUAGACAACGAGCAACACGAGGCAAAAUAUUUCCCCCUAUAACAGCUAGCAGACGUGAACAAGUAUUUCACACUAUAACAGCUAGCAGACGUGAAAAGUAUUUCCCCAAAUAACCGCUAGAAGACGUGAAGAAGUAUUUCCCCCUAUAACCGCUAGCAGACGUGAAAAGUAUUUCCCCCUAUAACCGCUAGCAGACGUGAAAAAGUAUUUCCCACUAUAACCGCUAGCAGACGUGAAAAAGGAUUCGUUCUGUUCAGGAUUACUUUAAAGAGACAGAUUUUUAAAGAAUUAUUUCAAUAAAGAGGAAACAACGGGAGACAAUACGUAUUGCACUGUCGGUUAUUCUUGGUGCCUAUGACUCAUAUCUCAUAAGUCAGUGAGUGCCUUUAAAAUGUAAUAAUUACAAUUACAUGUUGAAUUACAAAAAAUAUAGAUCUUAAAUUUUUAAAAUUUUUGCCGCACCAUUUUCCUCUCUCGACGUUUAUUUCUCUGGGCAAUUUUUCUAAGCAGCGUUUCUCUUUCACUGUGUGUGUGUGAUGUGUGUGUGUGUGAUGUGGAUCUUUUUGUGUAGAGAAAAGAAUGUUAUAGAUAUGUUUGAGGUAAAAAUAAAAUUCAUUAGAACUUACUACAAAAGAAUGUAGCAAGGAAAACUCUUUAUGUCUGCUCAGACUCGAACUCUUCUAAGAGUACUAGUGGACAUGCGUGCCACUCUAAAUGUUGUAUGUAAGCUAUGAACAGAGUAGGACUUUUUAGUGGACAUACGUGCCAUACUUUGAAAUAUCAUAUUCCGAAUUGAAUAUUCGUAUCUGAGAUCAGAUGAUAUCACACAUGCGCCCCUCCCGUGUCUUCUAUAAUUUAUAUGCAAAACGCCCAGGACAAUGUUCACCUUUUUUUCUGUAUAUAAAGUUUGAGAUACCAUAAAUUGAAUAAACCAUUAUUUGUGAACAAAAAA